AUGAUUGCUGAACAACCCAUACCGAUUUACACGUCUUUGGUUGAUGUCUUUGGCGCCGUAGAGGUAUCCUUUCGGCAUGCGACAAGGUGGAACAACUUAGCUGAAGAGUUCGAGAGACGGUUCGGAAGGAGGCCAACGUACAUCGCGAGAGCUCCAGGACGUGUGAACUUGAUCGGCGAACAUGUCGAUUACGCAUUGUUUGGUGUCCUCCCAGCCGCUGUGGAGCCAGAUAUCUUGAUCGCCUGUGCUCCCCGACCUGUUUUGCGAGGGCAAAGAAAGCAGGCAAUUGAGCAUACUCCGGGAAGCGUCGUCGCAGAAAAUCUAGACGAUAAAUAUACUCGCCAGGUUUUCGCUCCUGCUGUCAAAGAACCCACAGAGGCCAACAGGCAAUCUGGUGCCGCGGAAUUCUGGCACCUUGACAUCAACACCAGAGAGCUUCGAUGGGAAAGUUAUGUGAAGGCUGGAUAUUAUGGUGUGUUGAAUCAACAUUUUGCUGGAGAGAAACGGGAAGAGCCAGUUCCCGUUGAUCUUUUGGUAAGUGGGACUGUACCAGCCGGGUCUGGUCUUUCGUCGAGUGCUGCCAUGGUUGUUGCGAGUACAUUGGCAUUUCUGGUUGUGAAUGGAAAGCUGGAUUCCUCUGCGAACAUUCUCAGUAAAGGAGACCUUGUGCGUAUGGCAAUGGAAAACGAGAAGAGAGUCGGUGUUAACAGUGGAGGCAUGGAUCAAGCGGCGUCAGUGAUGUGCGAUCCAUCCUCAGCUUUGUAUAUCACCUUUCACCCGUCUUUGCAUGCUGAAACCGUCCCGCUUCCCGGCCGAGCGGUGUUUGUCAUCGCCAACUCUCUGGUGGUGGCUGAUAAAGCUCUGAGCGCAAAGCGGGGAUAUAACCUCCGUGUCGUGGAGACUUUAGUAGGAGCACGAAUACUUGCUAAAUCUCUAGGCGUUAAAGUCGAUGCCAACGAACGGAUAACAUUCCGGGAAGUCGCUGGGAAAUUCAUAGGUGAAAGGGACAAUGAGGAUAUAGGACCUGAUAAUCUGGAAAAUGCGCUGGUGGAGAUGGAAUAUAAGCUGGAGGUCUUGAAACCGAAUAAAAUCGUCAAUGGACAGCUUGGAGUAACGAUGGAUGAGAUGAUCAAAAUGAGUGGGCUCUCCAAAGGUGCUUUUGAAGAGCUGUAUCUGUCUUGGGUUGACAUCGAAGCGACGCAUUUCCAAUUGUACAAGCGUGCUAAGCACGUUUUCUCCGAGGCCCGAAGGGUCCUGCAGUUCAGGCGCACCUGCUUGGAGUCUGCGGUGUCUUCUGAUCCCGACGAUAAUUUCUAUAUUGAAAGCCUUGGUCGGCUCAUGAACGAUUCUCAAGAAAGCUGCUCGAAAUCGUUUGAAUGCUCGUGUCCCGAACUAGACGAGCUAACUCGCUUGGCCAGGGAGGCAGGAGCAUACGGUAGCAGACUCACCGGCGCAGGAUGGGGCGGAUGCACAGUUUCUCUUGUGCCAGAAUUUGGCGUGAAUCGGUUUAUUAAUAAAAUCAAGAACACAUAUCGUCCGUAUAGAUAUCUAGAUAUUGAUGCUUUGAAGGAAGCUAUCUUCGCCACCAAGCCUGGAAACGGUGCCUGUGGCGAGUCCAUUUUUCCUUUCUUCUUUGCUUCCAUGUCUGAAGUCGAUAUUGCCAGUAUUCAAAUUAGAGGACUAAUUCCAGCCUCAAGCUCUGAGAAUGUUUGA